AUGAUGUGCGAGGUGAUGCCGACCAUCAACGAGGGAGACUCUGCUGGUCCUCCGAGAGGAACCAGCAGCGUCCCGAAUGGUUCGGACCAGGAGGCCAACUUCGAGCAGCUGAUGGUCAACAUGCUGGACGAGAGGGACAAGCUGCUGGAGUCCCUCAGGGAGACUCAGGAGACCCUCAUCCAUUCUCAGACCAAGCUGCAGGGGGCGCUGCAUGAGAGGGACGUGCUCCAGCGGCAGAUCAACGCUGCACUGCCUCAGGAGUUUGCCACCCUGACAAAGGAGCUCAACAUAUGCCGGGAGCAGCUGCUGGAGAAAGAGGAGGAAAUAUCUGAGCUGAAAGCUGAGAGGAACAACACCAGGCUGCUGUUGGAGCACCUGGAGUGUCUGGUGGCUCGUCACGAACGCAGUCUGAGGAUGACAGUGGUGAAGAGACAGGCACCCCCACCAUCUGGAGUAUCCAGCGAGGUGGAGGUCCUCAAAGCCCUGAAGUCACUCUUUGAGCACCACAAGGCUCUGGAUGAAAAGGUGCGUGAGAGGCUUCGGGUGGCUCUGGAGAGGGUGGCCACCCUGGAGGGACAGCUAGCAGCUAACACACAAGAGAGACUGCCCAAUGGCUCCAUAGACGCCCAUGAUGACAGCAGCCGUGUGUCUGAGCUCCAGGAGCUGCUGGACAGGACCAAUAAGGAACUGGCCCAGAGCCGCGAGCACUCUGCUACUCUUAACUCCCGCAUGACCGAGCUUGAGGCUGAACUUACAAAUGCACGCAGAGAACUGAGUCGCAGUGAGGAGCUGUCAAUCAAACAACAGAGGGAACAGAGAGAGGUAAGACCACAGAGAGAGGAUAUGGAAGAGAGGAUAACAACGCUAGAGAAACGCUACCUGGCUGCACAGCGGGAAACCACACACAUCCACGACCUCAACGACAAAUUGGAGAAUGAACUGGCCACCAAGGACUCCCUGCAUCGACAGGAGAUGCUGGAGAUGGCAGAGCAGAGGCUGGCUCAGACCAUGAGGAAGGCUGAGACUCUGCCAGAGGUGGAGGCUGAACUGGCACAGAGAGUGGCAGCGCUCUCCAAGGCUGAAGAACGUCAUGGCAAUGUGGAGGAGCGGCUCAGACAGCUGGAGUCACAACUGGAGGAGAAGAACCAAGAGCUGGGACGGGCUCGUCAGAGGGAGAAAAUGAAUGAGGAGCACAACAAGCGUUUAUCUGACACCGUGGAUCGUCUGCUCACUGAGUCCAAUGAAAGACUGCAGCUCCAUUUGAAAGAACGCAUGGCUGCACUGGAGGACAAGAACUCCCUCAUUCAAGACCUUGAGAACUGCCAGAAACAGCUUGAAGAAUUUCACCAUACCAGGGAACGACUGAUUGGAGAGAUUGAGAAGCUAAGAAAUGAGAUUGACCAUUUGAAACGCCGCAGUGGGGCGUUUGGAGAUGGAACUCACCCUCGGUCUCACCUGGGUAGCUCCAGCGACCUUCGCUACUCUGUGGUGGAGGGCCAAGAUGGCCACUACAGCACAACUGUGAUCAGGCGGGCACAAAAGGGCAGACUGUCAGCGCUACGAGAUGACCCAAACAAGGACUACCCAUCACUGUGUGGGAGUGUCAGCCACCUGCUCGGCAGUGACAUCGAGGCAGAGUCAGACCUGGAUGACGAUGUUAGCUCAACGCUGCUUUCCCCCAGUGGCCAAUCAGACGCUCAGACUCUCGCUCUCAUGCUGCAGAAGCAGCUUGACGCUAUCAAUGAAGAGAUAAGGAUGAUCCAGGUGGAGAGAGAGUCAGCAGACCUGCGUUCUGAUGAGAUUGAGUCUCGCGUGAACAGCGGCAGCAUGGACGGCCUCAACGUGACGCUUCGACCCCGCGCCCUGCCCACCUCCGCCACUGCCCAGUCCCUGGCAUCAUCCACCUCCCCGCCCACCAGCGGCCACUCAACACCUAAACACCAUUCACGCAACGCCAGCCACCAUCUAGGCAUCAUGACUCUGCCAAGCGACUUGAGGAAACACCGCAGGAAAGUUGCAUCACCUGUGGAAGUGGACAAAGCCACCAUCAAGUGUGAGACGUCGCCUCCUUCCUCCCCUCGCAGUUUACGGCUGGAAACCAAUUUCGCUCAGUUCACAGGCAGUCUGGAGGAUGGACGAGGAAAGCAAAAGAAAGGAAUCAAAUCAUCUAUCGUUCGUAUGUUUGGGAAGAAGGAAAAAGGUCGACUGGAACAGGCUAUGAGCAGGGAUGGGCAGCCUUUACCUGCAUUAUCAGACUUUGACAUGGGCAUUGGUGACACUAUGACUCUGGGAAAACUGGGCACCCAGGCCGAGAGGGAUCGCAGGAUGAAGAAAAAACAUGAACUUCUGGAAGAUGCCAGGAAAAGAGGUCUGCCGUUUGCCCAGUGGGACGGCCCUACUGUUGUCUCCUGGCUAGAGCUGUGGGUGGGUAUGCCGGCGUGGUAUGUGGCAGCCUGUCGUGCCAACGUGAAGAGUGGAGCCAUCAUGUCAGCUCUGUCAGACACAGAGAUCCAGAGGGAGAUCGGCAUCAGUAACCCUCUGCACCGACUCAAACUCCGCUUGGCUAUCCAGGAGAUGGUCUCCCUCACAAGCCCCUCCGCACCGCUCACUUCCAGAACGUCCUCCGGAAAUGUGUGGGUGACUCAUGAAGAGAUGGAGAACCUGGCUUCCUCCACUAAAGCGGAGAAUGAGGAGGGGAGCUGGGCACAGACUCUGGCAUAUGGAGACAUGAAUCAUGAAUGGAUAGGGAAUGAGUGGUUGCCCAGCCUUGGUCUGCCUCAGUACCGAUCCUACUUCAUGGAGUGUCUAGUAGAUGCACGCAUGCUGGACCACCUGACCAAGAAGGAUCUGAGGAGCCAUCUCAAGAUGGUGGACAGCUUCCACAGGGCUAGUCUGCAGUAUGGGAUUAUGUGCUUGAAGAGACUCAAUUAUGACAGAAAAGAACUGGAUCGUCGGAGAGAGGACAGCCAACACGACAUGAAAGAUGUGUUGGUGUGGACCAAUGAACAGGUGAUCCACUGGGUCCAGUCCAUUGGUCUAAGGGAGUAUAGUGGCAACAUGUUGGAGAGCGGCGUUCAUGGAGCGCUCCUCUCUCUGGACGAGACGUUCGACUACAGCAGCCUGGCACUCAUCCUGCAGAUUCCUAUGCAGAACACACAGGCACGGCAGGUUCUUGAGAGGGAGUUCAACAACCUGUUAGCCUUGGGGACCGACCGACGACUAGAGGAGAGUGGCGAUGACAAGUCUUUUCGACGGUCUCCAUCGUGGCGUAAGAGGUUUCGGGCACGUGAGGGAGGGACAGGCCUGGGGAUGAUGGCAGGCUCCAUGGAAACUCUGCCUGCCGGUUUCCGUAUGCCCUCUAUGUCCAUGCCGCCUUCUGUGAAUUUGAUGCCCAAGAAGCAGCUGCAGCCUGAAGUGCAUUCUCAUUACCUAUACGGACACAUGCUUGCGGCCUUUUGA